AUGGUCCUGCCUCCGCCCGACAAGCGCCAUGUCUGCCUCACCACCAUCGUCGUCAUGACCAGCAUGGCCUUCAUGGACGCCUACCUGGUGGAGCAGAACCAGGGCCCGCGCAAGAUCGGCGUCUGCAUCAUCGUCUUGGUGGGCGACGUCUGCUUCCUCAUCGUGCUCCGCUACGUGGCCGUGUGGGUGGGGGCGGAGGUGCGCACGGCCCGGCGCGGCUACGCCAUGAUUCUCUGGUUCCUCUACAUCUUCGUGCUGGAGAUUAAGCUCUACUUUGUCUUCCAGAACUGCAAGGCAGACCGCAAGAGCCUGGAGACGGUGGCGCGCAAGGCGCUGACGUUACUCCUGUCUGUGUGCGUGCCGGGCCUCUACCUGGUCCUGGUGGCAUUGGACAGCAUGGAAUACGUUCGGACAUUUAGGAAGAAGGAGGACAUGAGGGGGAGGCUCUUCUGGGUGGCCUUGGACUUGCUGGACCUGCUGGACAUCCAGGCGAACCUCUGGGAGCCGCAGCGGACGGGUCUGCCCAUUUGGGCGGAAGGGUUGAUGUUCUUCUACUGUUAUAUCCUCCUCCUGAUCCUGCCCUGCGUAUCCCUGAGUGAGAUCAGUGUGCAGGGGGAAAACGUGUCCCCCCAAAAGAUGAUGUUAUACCCCAUGCUGAGCCUGGUCACCAUCAAUGUGGUCACCAUCCUCAUACGUGGUGUCAACAUGGUUCUCUUUCAGGACAGUCGCGUUUCCACCAUCUUCGUUGGCAAAAAUGUGGUAGCCAUUGCCACUAAGGCUUGCACCUUCCUUGAGUACCGGAAACAGACCCGGGAAUUUCCAGCACGGGAAAACACAACAGGAAUCGCAAUGGAGAUCCAGCAGAACUCGGUGGGCCAUGGACAAGCCCUGCCAAACGCAACCAGCCUCCCACUGGAACCUGCGCCGGUGCAAGAGAUUAUCGACACAUGACCAAGUGGCCAGCCAUAGGCAAGCCCAUCAGAUCUAUCAGUCAGUAUCGGAUUUGAAGAGUGCAGGGGAGCAGGGACUUGACCUCUGCUAGUAGGGGCUUUUAAAUGAGAACAGACCUUGUGGGACAUAUGAUUGCUUGUAUAAUUUUUGAGUAUUGACCUAUUCCAGUUUUGGACUACAACACAUGGAGCAUUUUCAAAAAGAUACUACAUUGUCUUUGAGAAGAUUUUACUUGUUUGGAGGAAAAAGGAAUGAGAUUUUUACUGACUGAGCUGCAGUACUUUGUGUGAAAAACACGUCUUUCCAUAAUGCCUGAGGGACAGACGUGUUUCCCUUUAGACACUUGGGACUAUAUGAUUUUGUAAUGCUGCUUUUCCUUUGUUGUCUAUUUGACCCGCAAAAAUAUUAGCAUUUUUCUCCUAAUUGGCUCCUAGGAGGUAAAUGGACUUGGGGCAAGUGUCUUUAGGAUGGAAAGCAGUAAGAGGGGGAAGCUAUUCUUGCUUUAUAACUGUAAAAAUCCAACAGUUUUGCAGUGUCUGUAUUUUGGUAAAUGUUUGUGACAAAAUGUUGGGGGGAAAUCCCCGGAGGUCACAACUAUCCUAUCAACAGCAGUUAGGAAUUCAUCACAGUGUGUGUGUGUGUGUGUGUGUGUGUGUGUGUGUGUGUGUGUGUGUACAGACAUGUGCUUGUAUGUACAGCAGUGUGUGGAUGCUAGUAUGCAUAUUCAUUAAUGAGAAUAGUUCAAAAGAGGCAUUACAGAAACAUCAACACAGAGCAAAAAACAAACAAACAAACAAAAAACACUUGUCAGAUGAAACCAUUACAAUGUAUCUUGCUGUACAUUCCCUCACAAAAAGCCUUGAAGUCAGUGAAUGCACUUGCAGACCUUAUUUGGUAAACAAGUAAACAUUAUUAUUAUUAUUAUUAUUAUUAUUAUUAUUAU